CAUUUUCAACAUAAAUAGGUUGGUGAGGAUGAAUUUGGAUAUAUGCUUGCUGAUAUACUCAAGGAAAAUAAUGUAAACAACCAAGGGAUGCGUUUUGACCCUGGUGCACGUACUGCCUUAGCAUUUGUUACACUGAGGAGUGACGGAGAGCGAGAGUUCAUGUUUUAUCGUAAUCCCAGUGCUGAUAUGCUGCUCCAAGAAGAUGAACUAGACUUGGACUUAAUCAGAAAGGCCAAGAUCUUUCAUUACGGGUCGAUCAGUCUUAUAACAGAACCAUGCAAAUCGGCACAUAUAGCUGCUGCAAAGGCAGCAAAAGAUGCCGGCGUAUUUCUGUCUUAUGACCCUAACCUGCGGCUUCCUUUAUGGCCUUCUGCAGAUAGUGCUAGAGAAGGGAUUCUGAGUAUAUGGGAGACUGCAGACAUCAUGUGGUUUAAACUUGCAGAAAGAGGAACAACUGAGAGAUUCUCUCAAGUUUGCCAAUGCUUGUGGUGCAUUGACUGUGACUGA